AUGGAUAUCCACACCAGACUAGCGGACGUCCGGCAAAUGCGAAUAAACUACCAAAAUCUCGGACUGUCAGACUGGUCUAAUAUCGAGCCCCUCUUCGACAAAGCCAUCAACAACCCUGCUGAGGUUACCCCCGAAGAAAAACACAAAAUCGCGCAAUGGCCAUCCCAUGAGGAAAUGGACGCGCAGUGCCAGAAGCAAUUCAAUCGCUCUAUUGAUGACUUACUUCAGGCCGCUGCCACGGAUCGGGACCCUCUUAACCACCCCGAGGCCAGACUGAUUCGUCAGGGAUUCCACGGGAUAGACCUGCUGGCCUACACGGAGCGUGAGGCCGUGGCCAGGAGACGCGAGCGUUUUGAGAAGCCACUGUGGGAUACGUACCAGAAGGCCUUGGCCUCUGUCCUGUUGCCAGUGGAAUUGCAGGCCUGGAAUGCUGUUGCUGAUUCUAGGUGGUUCAAUGAGAAAGGGGCAAGCCUGCAGAAGCAGAUACAUAACCCAUUCGUCGACAGUGGUCCCGCGCCAUGGGUUCAGAGAAUUAUCGACCAGGGAGAUAGCAAGGCCUGCGGAUAUGCUAUAUAUUGCUCGGGACUGGACAGAAGUGAAGCAUGGCAGAACUUUCAAAGCUACUUCGACCAGAGGGUCUCCCUCGUUCCUUCUCUGGGUGCUGGGUCUGACCAAAUCCGGAGUACCAAAUUGACUCAGUUCCUCAAUUACGAGGAACCAGAGGACGAUCUAACUUUUUGCGACAAAAGUUCCGAGACCUUCGAGACAAAGGCCGCCUGA